AUUCCACAGCUCUUAAAAGACCUCUUUACCAUCUCCUCUGGAAUCUCUUGCCAUGCUUCUUUAAUCCAUCAAAGGACAAGGUUUCUAGUUGGCGCCUUCUUCUUUCCUGCCGGGGUGAACUCAACUGGCCCGGUGAUCAUCCACGCCAAGUACUUUUUCUGGAGGUGAUCUUUAAAUGGCUUAUUCAGGCAUUUAUUCAAGGGAAAACUUUUUGAUCGAUUUCGCUAAUAAAAAAUCAGUUGAAUCUACACAAAAUGUUUAUCCGAUUUGACAUGAAGCAAUGAGUACUCACCUUGCUCUCUUUGGUCUGAAAACCAUUCCAACAUCUGCUGGUCUAGCUCUGGAUACUUUGGAGUGAAGCGGCCGAACGUUGUUCGUUUCGCAGACAUCUUCAGCUCGCCGUUGAAAAGCUUCGCCUGGUCCCUUCUCCAUCGACAAACCAUAAUCUCAUGUGAUCUCUGAGUUGUUUUCAACAGCCUCAGCUUCAGCAACAACUUUGAGCUUAAAAGCCAUGUUGUAAGAAGUACAGCGAACUUUUGGCAAGAUGAAUACGAUCACGGACGAUAUGUAAACUGAUAAUUUCGAUAAGCGUUUGUUUGAGACUUAGUCUGAAUGGUGGAAUUUGUUAUGUUCAGCUGUACUUAUAGACUAGUUCGGAUCAACUGAUAUUCACAUUCUCGCUGAUUUGCUAACUGUUUACAAUGAACUUUUGAAUAUUCAUUUGGUUGUCUUUAAUCGUUCAACAAUCAACAUAUGUUUCCUGAGAGGGAUGCUUCAAAGGUGAAAUUUUUCUGCGAAACUUUGGUAUCGGCUUAUAGCUGGGAUCGGCUUAUAGGCGAAUAAAUACGGUAAAGCGUUAUAUACCAUAUUAUAACUCGUUUUAUUCUCCUUACUAACCUUUUAUUUGCGCUCUACAAGGAACAGACAUCACACUACUAAACUAAUCAGUUAAUCUCCAUCGUUUUGCUUCAUUUUCCCAGAGAUUGGACAUCCAAAGUCAUGUUCUUCAACCAACAAUGACUAGUAGCAAGAAAACCAGAAAUUUAAUAGCAAAUCCGUUACGCCUAAGUCUCCUGGAGCGUUUGUAUAAUGAACUACAAAUUUCACUCAUAACUGAAAAGGUGUCAAACAAAAUUACAAGCAAACUAACUUUUCUAAAGUUCACGUUAAUUUUAGAAAGUGUAGAUUUUGUUCGUUGUAAAAUAAGGUAUUGAAACUGGAACAAACUGUACAAUGAAAUGUUUUGAGUUGGUCCUAGGACAUAAUUAUUCCAGGAGAUUCGCUGCCUAUUUUCUGCUGUACUUGACGCCUUCACUGACCUGCCUUUAAGGCACUUUAUAUCGGCAAGGUUAAUCCUGAAUUUGUUCAAUGCCACGCAAAUGACCAACUUAUGCCCAAGACAACUAAUUAAAUAAGGCCAGGUCCAUUUGUAUCAGUUUUCGCUUAAGAAUGCAACUUUGUUGUACAGAAAGGGAGCCAUCAUUAUAUAAAUGACAUGAAAAGUGUGUCUUUUGGAAAUAGACUAAUUUCACAGGGCUGUGAAUGACACUGCUAAUACUGAGAACUACUCAAGAAAAACUGCAUUCUCAAAGAAAAAUGGUUGUGUGAGGAUGAAGAAAGAAAAUCCCUAUACCAGGCUUAUCAACAUUAGCUUACAAUUUUAAUGAUGCCGUCUGCCAUUGCAAGCGUAAGACACAGUUCUUAUAAUGCCACUGCGCCUCUUUUCAGUUCUUCACGAUAGAGAAUGCCUACUGUGUCCACGUCCUCAUUGUGCCAUUGUAUUUCUCCAUCUACCAGCCCAGCUAAAACGUUGUGCCUUUAAGUUCCUUCUCUGUCCACAACACUUUCACUUUGCUUCCAACUGCCACAAAGUCACUGGCCAUGUUGUUGAAAGAUUCUUUUAUUUUCUCCAGAACUUUACGAUUUCGUUGUGAGCGCAGCCUUGCAAAAGAAUCGGCUGUCAUUGCUCUUUUUGUACUUGAGCCAUUUCCGAAUUUCUCUGAAGCCUGGAAAGAUUUUCUGACAGAUUGCAUCUCUUUUUUUCCAGAACGAUUUUUUUUCUAGGGAAUCAAGGGUUUCAGUGACACUACGUGAUUCUAUUUUUUGCGGUGGACAUAUCGUUUUCUUCUUGGCACUUGCUGCUUCCCUUGUCGUCAUGAGUGAUGUUUCAUUACUGGCGUUCGCUCGCGUUCUCAUCAAUAUACCUUGCCUGUUUUGUUUUCCUUCAACGCCAAGCAAUUCUUUGAACAUUGAAAUCAGCUCUACCAGGGCUUUUCUCUCUCUUUUGAAUACCACUUGCUGCUGUCCACAUUUCAAAGUCCAAUGCGAAUAAUUAGCUCCUCCUUACUUCCAACACUUAGGAUUCUGUGAUGCAAAAAGACUGCCCUUAGGUAUCGAACUGGUUGUUUAUUGAACUGACUCACACAAGAAGGGACAUUGCUUAUAAUUCCAUCAUGUAUAAGGGAUGGCGAAUGGUAAAUGCGAGACGGCGAGACUAGCAUUUUUCUUUGCAAGCCUGAGACAUUUUGACCUUUUAGAUUGCGAGACACAGACUUCAAAGUGUUUUGAGUGCGGGCACAAGACCUUCAGACUCUUAAAAUUCAAGCUCCAGAUUUGGUUGAGAGCUAUGAGAAUGAGCUAGAAUGAGCUUGCACAAAAGUCUUACAAAGGAGCCUUUUGUUGUAAACCCUCGUACAAGACAUCAGACCAGAAAAUCUGUCAACAGUCAAUGAACUCUAUUAUUUUCCUGGCCAUGACCUAAUUUCCAGUCAGGAGGUUGCGCUUGUCGUUUCCCUUUGAUUUUUUUGAUGCUGUUGCGGGAAAUGAGCACGCGUUCACCCCCCGAAAAGAUGGCUGGACUCGCGAAUGAGACAUUGUUAAUUUCCACCAAUCAGAAGCUUGCUUGCCUGGAUCGAACAGGCAGAGCAGGCAGCAUAAAUUAUUUUUUCUUGGAACAAAUUUCAAGAUGGCGGAUGCGGACAAACUGUUUGACUCUGCGUGUAAUCUGUUGUAGAACGUUUCAAAGUGGAAAACCUGAAAGAUUUGCAACAGAAAGCAUUACAAAAGCUAGAAAAUGGUGAGGACAUAUUUGUAAUUCAACCGACUGGAUCAGGAAAGUCACUUGUUUAUCAGUCUGCGCUGAUGGUUUUUGACAUCGUCAAGAGGACAACUUUCAAAUCCACUGCUGUUGUAAUCUCACCUCUGACUUUGCUAAUGCAGGAUCAAGUGAAAUUCCUUACGUCAAUAGGAGUUACAGCCGAGUUUAUUGGUGAAGAUCAACAGGAUGACGAGGCCAAAAAGGCCGUUGAACGUGGCGACUGCCAGAUCGUGUUUGGAUCACCAGAGUCAUUUUUAAGUUCCGAUCGAUGGAGAAAGAUGUUGUUGAGUAAGGUGUAUGAAGAGAGAUUGUGCCUCACUGCUGUAGACGAAGCGCACUGUAUUUCGCAUUGGCCAGGAAAGCUUAACAAUGAAAUGGAUCUGCUCAAUCAUAAAAAAGUUACCAGUGAUAGCCCCACUGCAACAGCCACAACGGAAACAAGACUUCAGAUUGUGAGAACAUUGGAAAUGAAGAAUCCGGCUUUGAUUGUUAACAUCCCCAACAGGCAGAACAUCUCCUAUGGUGUGCAAGUUAUCACUCCCAACCCUUCUGUGACAUUUGCAAAAAUGGUGAGUGAUUUAAAAGUUCAAAAGACUGCAUAUGAACGAACUGUAAUAUACUGUCCCACAAUAAAACUUACAACCCACUUGUAUGGCUUUUUUCAAGCCGAACUAAAUGAACACAUUUAUACGGAUGAAAUUCAGGAUCCAAGGAAAGGAAUUGUGGAAAUGUUCCAUGGCAGAAGUGAUGAACUUAACAAGUUCAUGGGAGAUAGUGAUGGUUGUAUAGUGAUGGUUGUGUGUUGAUCGCAACCAUUGCCCAUGGGAUGGGUAUUGAUUGCAAGGACUUAAAAACUGUGAUUCAUUAUGGCCCAUCAUAUAAUUAUGAAACAUACCUACA